AAUCCAAAGGUUGCAUCUUUAGCCGGCACCCAGCUUCAUUUCUCCACUCGAGAGAGAGAGAGAGAGAGAGGUCAGACGGCAGCAAUGGCGACGGCGAUCACAUUGAACAGUGGGCACAAGAUGCCAAUCAUCGGGCUCGGUGUGUGGAGGAUGGAAGGCAAGUCCAUCCGUCACCUUCUCCAAUCCUCAAUCAAGAUUGGUUAUCGCCAAUUCGAUUGUGCUGCUGAUUACAAGAAUGAGGCUGAAGUGGGUGAAGCAUUUUCAGAGGCUUUUCAGAGCGGGCUUGUAAAAAGAGAAGACCUUUUCAUCACCACUAAGCUUUGGAACUCUGAUCAUGGGCAUGUCCUUGAGGCCUGCCAGGAUAGUCUGAAGAAACUCCAACUUGAAUAUCUAGAUUUAUACCUUGUCCACUUCCCAGUAGCCACAAGACACACUGGUGUUGGGACAACUGACAGUGCUCUUGGUGAAGAUGGUGUGCUAGACAUAGAUACAACCAUAUCCUUGGAGACUACAUGGCAUGCUAUGGAAGAUCUUGUUUCCAAGGGAUUGGUUCGCAGUAUUGGGAUCAGCAACUAUGACAUCUUUCUCACAAGAGAUUGUCUGGCAUAUUCUAAAAUCAAGCCUGCAGUUAACCAGAUUGAAACUCAUCCUUAUUUCCAACGUGAAUCUCUGGUCAAGUUCUGUCAAAAGCAUGGGAUCUGUGUCACUGCUCACACACCCCUCGGCGGUUCUACUGCUAACACUGAAUGGUUUGGUACUGUUUCUUGCCUGGAUGAUCCUGUGCUCCAAGCUUUAGCAGAGAAAUAUAACAAGACACCGGGGCAGCUUGUUCUUCGGUGGGGAAUCCAGAGAAAAACUGUAGUCAUUCCAAAGUCAUCGAGGGUGGAGAGACUAGAGGAAAAUUUCCAGGUGUUUGAUUUCUCAAUCUCCGAGGAGGACAUGGAUAAGAUCCGUGCUCUCGAUCGAAAAUACCGCACAAAUCAGCCAGCCAAAUUCUGGGGAAUUGACCUUUAUGCUUGAUUUCAAUGAGAAUAUUGGUGAAAGUGCUGGAAGAACACAGAACUUUACUAGCCAUGCAUUUCAUCACCUUCCUUCUCUAAAUUGAAUGUCAAGUACAUUAAAAGCGUUUUACUAUUUGACUGAUGCAUGUGAAGUCUGGCAAAUCUUAAACCUAGAAUAACUCUUCCUCUUUCAAGACGCUCCUUGCUUCUUGUUAUUCUUGAGUGUUUGAUUGAAGCAUGAAUGAAACCAUGUGAAUAUUAGACAAGAGUUUCAAAAUAUGAGUGUUGUACUCAGCC